AUCACUCCUUGUCUUUCUCCAAAAAAAAAAAAAACCCUCCUCGCCCUCCCUUCCGUUCGCUAAUUCCGACGCGUCGUCUCGUCCCUUCCCCCGCUGCUCCCGCCUUCUCCAUUUUCCGACCCAGCGACCAACCCCGCGUCGCGUCGCCGAUCCCCGCUCGGAUUCCUCCACCCGCCCCGCCGCCGAUCGCCAGGGAGGGAGGAGGAGGACGAAGAUGCUGGGCGCCGCGAGGAGGCAGCUCGGAUCCGGACCCAUGCUGGGGCAGUUGCUGCGGCGGCUCCGCCCGGCCGCGGCGGCUGAGGCGGCGAAGGGGUACUCCUCCGCGUCGAAGGAGAUGACUGUCCGUGAUGCGUUGAACUCUGCACUUGAUGAAGAGAUGUCUGCUGAUCCUUCUGUUUUUCUGAUGGGCGAAGAGGUUGGAGAGUAUCAAGGUGCAUACAAGAUUUCAAAGGGUUUGCUUGACAAAUAUGGUCCUGAUAGGGUUCUUGACACACCUAUCACAGAGGCUGGAUUUACUGGCAUUGGUGUUGGUGCAGCUUAUCAAGGCCUUCGGCCCAUUGUAGAAUUUAUGACAUUUAAUUUCUCAAUGCAGGCUAUUGAUCAUAUCAUCAAUUCAGCUGCCAAGUCAAACUACAUGUCAGCUGGUCAGAUAUCUGUUCCUAUUGUUUUUAGAGGACCCAAUGGAGCUGCCGCUGGAGUUGGUGCUCAACACUCACAGUGUUAUGCAGCGUGGUAUGCACAUGUUCCAGGACUUAAGGUUCUGACACCAUAUUCUGCAGAAGAUGCUCGUGGCUUGCUAAAAGCUGCUAUUAGAGAUUCCGAUCCUGUUAUUUUCCUGGAAAAUGAAUUGCUUUAUGGAGAAUCAUUUCCUGUGUCUGCUGAAGUGCUCGAUUCUAGUUUCUGCCUGCCGAUUGGCAAAGCUAAGAUAGAGCGUGAGGGUAAAGAUGUUACAAUUACUGCGUUCUCCAAGAUGGUUGGCUAUGCUCUUCAGGCUGCAGAGAUACUGUCCAAGGAAGGAAUUAGCGCUGAGGUGAUCAACCUUCGAUCAAUUAGACCACUUGACAGAGCUGCUAUCAAUGCAUCUGUUAGGAAAACCAAUAGAUUGGUGACUGUCGAAGAAGGGUUCCCUCAGCACGGGAUUGGUGCUGAGAUAUGCAUGUCUGUUGUGGAAGAAAGCUUUGAGUAUCUUGAUGCACCAGUUGAGAGGAUUGCUGGAGCUGAUGUACCUAUGCCCUAUGCUGCCAACCUUGAGAGAAUGGCUGUUCCACAGGUUGACGAUAUUGUGCGGGCAGCGAAGCGGGCCUGCUACAGAGCAGUACCAAUGGCAGCAACUGCCUGACCGGUUGAGAAGCAUUUUUUUCCUUUGCUUUCCCUCUCGUGCCAGAAACAUGUAGUAUUCAUAAGGUGCGGGGAAUUGCCCAAACUCCAAGCGAUUUUGUAGAUCUGCCAUAGCGUGUUAUUUCGUUAGUUGCAGCUGGAUGAUUGCAUUCUUUCAAGCCCCAAUUCCAUUUCUGUCAUUUAUUCACACGGCCUAAUCAUGUUUCGCAUACAAACGGAAAACUUUGUCCUGAAGAGUGGUCAUUUCCGUCGCAUCUUUUGCUACUUGGACCACGAGGUCAGUCGAUGUUAAUAAAACUAAUCAUAACGUUUGUGCA